AUGUUAAAUCAGAGAAUCCACCCGGGCAUGCUUUUAUUCCUGAUGCUUCUGUGCCACUUCAUGGAAGAUCACACAGGACAGGCUGGGAAUUGUUGGCUCCGGCAGGCAAAGAACGGCCGCUGCCAGGUCCUGUAUAAGACUGAUCUGAGCAAGGAGGAGUGCUGCAAAACGGGCCGGCUAACCACUUCAUGGACUGAAGAAGACGUCAACGACAACACGCUUUUUAAGUGGAUGAUUUUUAACGGUGGGGCCCCAAACUGUAUCCCAUGCAAAGAAACGUGUGAGAACGUGGACUGUGGACCUGGGAAGAAAUGUAAAAUGAACAAGAAGAACAAACCUCGGUGUGUUUGUGCUCCGGAUUGCUCUAAUGUCACUUGGAAGGGUCCUGUGUGUGGCUUAGAUGGGAAAACCUACAGGAACGAGUGUGCUCUCCUCAAAGCCAGAUGUAAAGAGCAACCCGAACUUGAAGUCCAAUAUCAGGGCAAAUGCAAAAAGACCUGCAGGGAUGUUUUAUGUCCAGGCAGUUCCACGUGUGUGGUUGAUCAAACUAAUAAUGCCUACUGUGUGACAUGUAAUCGGAUUUGCCCGGAGCCUACUUCCCCUGAACAGUAUCUCUGUGGGAAUGAUGGAAUAACGUAUGCUAGUGCUUGCCACCUGAGAAAGGCUACCUGCCUACUAGGCAGAUCCAUUGGAUUAGCCUACGAGGGAAAAUGUAUCAAAGCCAAAUCCUGUGAAGAUAUCCAGUGCAGUGCUGGGAAGAAAUGUUUGUGGGAUUUCAAGGUUGGCAGAGGUCGGUGUGCCCUCUGUGAUGAGCUGUGCCCUGAAAGCAAGUCAGAUGAAGCAGUCUGUGCCAGCGAUAACACUACUUACCCAAGCGAGUGUGCCAUGAAAGAAGCAGCCUGCUCCAUGGGUGUGCUUUUAGAAGUAAAGCAUGCUGGAUCUUGCAACUCCAUUAAUGAAGACCCCGAGGAAGAAGAGGAAGAUGAAGACCCGGACUACAACUUUCCUAUAUCUUCCAUUCUAGAGUGGUAA